AUGCCGAAAUGUAAUGUCAAAACAAGAUAUUUACCAGCUGCUGUCGCUUGGGGUAUUUUACUGGGUACUACAACUUUAUUUUUCUUUUUUCCAUGUAAAUAUUACAUAUACCAUUAUCCAUGGGUACCUGCAUAUCAAGGAGUUAUAACUUUUUUCGUGUUGGCAAAUUUUACAUUAGCCACAUUUUUAGACCCGGGUAUUAUACCCAAAGCUCCUCCCGAUGAGGACAGAGAAGAUGAUUUUCGAACUCCCCUGUACAAGAAUGCAGAAAUCAAUGGGAUAAACGUUCGUAUGAAAUGGUGUACGACCUGUAAAUUUUAUCGGCCUCCAAGAUGUUCUCAUUGUAGUGUUUGCAAUCAUUGUAUCGAGACAUUUGAUCAUCAUUGUCCUUGGGUGAACAAUUGCAUAGGAAGGCGAAAUUAUCGUUAUUUUUUCGCCUUUUUGCUUACUCUGAGUGCUCACAUGAUAAGCAUAUUCACACUAUGUUUGAUAUUUAUACUUUUGCACCAAGACAAAGUUUCUCAAGCAGAGACAAUUGUUUCAAUAGUAAUUAUAAGUAUAAUUUUAAUACUUUUUAUUCCAAUUAUCGGAUUGACGGGAUUUCACACCGUUCUCGUUGCUCGAGGCAGAACAACCAACGAACAAGUAACUGGAAAAUUCAAAGGAGGUUACAAUCCUUUUUCCCGCGGAUGUUCGAAAAAUUGUACAUACAGUUUAUGCGGUCCGCAGUACCCGAGCCUUACCAAAGCAACUCAAAAAGUAUCAAAAAAAAAAUACGAGAGCAGUAUGACAGAGAAUCAAGUUAAAAUUUAUACAGAUCCCGGAAACGGAAUUGGAACUCCCUCGCAUAACAAUUAUAACAAGCUUUCGCCGGGAAGAGAUGCUUCUGAUACGGAUAUGGAACCGACGGCAUCUCAGUCUCAAGAUUGUGAACCAACUCCACCACUUCAAAGACCGAGUUCCAAAAAUAAUUUAUAUCUUCCACCAAUGGACACGGAGUCUCCACGGUACCCAUCUAUCGUUCGAGGACCACCUCAAAGGGGUAGUCCUCAUCCUAGAACAUCGAGGAGUCACACUCCUGAUCUUUUGUCUCCCGAUUCAAGAAAUAUACCCACGCAACAAAGAGUCAAAGCGGUGGGCAUUCCGACUCCAUUGGUUAUGUCGAGUCCCAUACGAAGAUCAAAUCCUGGCACACCCACACAACCUCGACGACCUGAUUUUAUAAGUGUCAACAAUUCAACUCCGCGUGCUUAUUACGAACCUCCCCCAGCUCAGAUUUACCCUAGUCCACAAAGACGAUUUUUAUCCGAAGGAGAGUUAGUAAGGCAGGCACCUGGAGAUUUAGCUUGCUCACGUACAAACAACACGGUGGACAACAUAAGAGAACUUGCCGGAUCUCCUCAACGUGGUGUUUAUAUGUGGAAAGACAAUUCUCCCGGAGCGCACACUCAACCCCAUUCUAAUAAACCGCUUUGUGAAUAUUAUAGAUCCAAUCCAACUAGUCCUAAUCAACAAAUACAAUAUGUUCCAAGGCCCCCCCCUCCUUUGUAUCCGCACAAUCCUCCACGCGGGGGUGUUCUCGUCUUCCCUCCUCCUCAGUCUCCGCAAGUGAAGAGAAAAAAUUAUACCAUGCCGACAACUCCGACUGGCGAUCAAAGGCGACGUCCCAUGUCUUUCGUUCGGGCUUUGGAAAUGUCAGAUUCAAUGGAAAUGUCAGGGUUGCCCAAGGCUCAAACCGAGAGUCGGGGACCCAUUGUACGAGGCAAUACUCCACCCGACAGAUUUUUUGUGUACGACAUGAAUUAUGAAAUAUCCGUAUAG